CUGGAGCCGUUGGGGGAAUGCAAGGGCUCAGAUUCAUUGCAAAAUCAGGUGAUAUUUGAAUCAGAGGAGGAGGACGAGGAGCUAUAUAACGAUCCCCCACCGCCCCCCGAAGAUCCGUCACCACAAAGCACAAUAGAUCCAAGUAUGGAGCCCACAAUGUCAGGGGGUUUAGCAGAAGCAGAGGAAGUCGAAGUCCCUAUACCACCCGAGCCACCUAAUAUCGAACAACCCGAAUCUGAAGACGUAGACGACUCCCCUCCACCUACUCGAGACUCCAACGACGACGCUGACGAAGGAGAGUCACCGUCGUCAUCGAACGAAGUACAUUUCGCAGAUGGUACAGCCCCUCCCGCCCCAGAUACCAAGGGCAAGAAGGGUAAGAAGUCCAAGAGGGAAGAGAAACUGGAGGAACGAAGUAAAAAGAAAGCUGCGAAGGGAAACAAAAAUCCAGAACCUGAGUCACCAGCGCCCGAGCCACAGGAGGCAGUAGAUGACUGGCCAGAACCAAUAAAAGGCAAAGGAAAGAAGAAGGGCGGCAAAAACAAGAACGUCGAGCCCGAGUCUUCAGCGCCGGAGCCAGAGGUAGAAGAAAAAAAGGGUAAGGCUGGUAAAAGGGACAAGAAGAAGGACAAGGCGGAUAAGAAAAAGGGUAAAAAAGGAAAGAACGUCUCCGAGGAAGAGGAGAUAGGAGAGUUGGCGCCUGGUGCUGAUGCAUCGGACGCUGUUGUUGAGAGCGGGGAGAAGUCAGUAGAGAGCGAACCUUCGCCACCGGUCGAGCCUGAGCAAGCUGCUGUUAUCGACGAGAGUCCAGCCCCUGUGGUUGAAGAACAGCCGACAGCGACGGAUGAUGCGCCAGCACCUGAACCUAUUGAGACAGCUGAACCUGUGGUUGAAGAACCUCCAGCGGCUGCAGAGCCUGUAGCUGAAGAAUCUUCUGCACCUGCUGCUGAAGAGAAAUUGGAACCAGCGGUCGAAGAGACUCCAGCUCCUGCAGCUGAAGAGCCCCAAGUAGAGACUGUCGAAGAGGUUGCUCCAGUGGUUGAAGAAGCGUCUGAACCAGAAACCAAAGCCGAGGAAGCUGCGUCGCAAGAGCCCGAGGUUAAGAAAGCUCCAGAGCCAGCGAGCCCUCGGAACCUGUGACCUCAGAACCUAUACCAGAGGAAAUUUCUAAAGAAGUGGUCGAGGAGACUGCACCCUCUGCAACCGAGCAAGUUCCAGAGACAGUGGUAUGCGAAGCCACAUUGUCUU